UUCAAAAAUUGGGUUCGUUCGGAACACAGCAACAGAAGUAAACUAACGCAUCACAAAGAGCCAGAAAUGAGAGGACUCACGCUGAUCGUAACGACCCUUUGCCUGGCAGCUGUGGCACAAGGCUUCAUAGAUUAUGAAUUGAUAUGUUCUAAGGAAGAGAUCGGCAUACGUUGGCCAAGCUACUACAGCAGCUCGGAUUACUAUGUGUGCAAUCGGAUUGGAGGUAAACAAAUUAAGAUGACCUGUGGACAAGGAGAACUUUUCACGUUUGUACUACAAUCGUGUACAUCACCCGGACGGUAUAUUCCCGCACCACCAAUUAAUAUUUUACCAACAAGUUCACCAAAACAAGAACUCACAAUCAAUGCUAUGUCACUACCUGUGCCAUUAUACCACACCGAUAAUCAACCGCCAAUAAUUUCGGCUCCACAACAGCUUCCCGUUAUAACUGGUGAAAAUCCUAAGCCAUUAAACUUUGAGCCACCAUAUGGUGAUCAUACAAAUGAAAGUGAAAACCCUAGCGAAAUUAAAGAGGAACCAAUGAAGCAUUCGUUACCUAGCAAGUUGAAACCAUCUAACGAACAAUCUAAUGGUGUCACUGUGCCAUUACCACCUACACCAGAACCAACACCACCAGUCGUCAAGAAACCCGUCAAGCCACAAUCUAAACUGCCGGUUAAGAAACAGCCCGCCCCACCUAUUAAAAAACAGUCCACAACAGAUAAUAAGAAGAAACCAGUUAAACCAUCAGAAAAAAAAGCGCCACAAAAAACUGAGCCAAAAACGCAAAAAAAACCACCAACGCCGAAGAAGCCACCAACACAACGUAAAGAGUAGGAUACGAUAAAAUAUGUACCUAUAACGGUUCAAUUUAAUUUUCAUUAUAACUUCAUGUAUACAGAUAGUUAAAUAAGCGGAAUUUCAAUACUACAUAAAUAUUAUAUAAUAAACUGAUUAACCGCAUUUCGAGAGUAUAACUUUUAUUAUACGAGUAAUGGAUUCUUGAUCUGCUUCUUCUAAAUAAAAUAUUUCAUAUGUUAUGCCCGCACUGUAUUGGAAGUACGAUACAGUGUAAGUGAAGUAUUCUCACCUUAAUAUAUUCAAAGUUACUAUCAAGACUAUAAA